CCUCGACAAGUUAUCGACUUUGCAACGCCAAGCAUGGGGAAUCCGACCAUCGGCGACCUCGGUCGUCAUCCACCUGAUGAAAGACAUCCUCUUCCACAAGAAAUUCGUGGGUUUCUGCAUACACAUGCCCCCGGACGACGGAGAAAAUGACAACAAUCACCGAUACCGGCCCGCCCACACCUCAUGGACCAACGCCAAGAUCUGCUCGGGGAAGUCCAACAUCCUCACCUACAUCCUCGACAGGGAAAUCCACGACCUGCUGAAGAAGACAGACGAACCGGAAGACGUCUAUCGCAAGGCCAGUUCCAUCAUCUACUCUGCCAGGCCGGGGGCGAAAUGUGUUGUCUGCCACCAGCCAUUUGGCGAAAGGGUAAGGCUGUGGCGGCCUCUACCUUGCAGCGACGACUGCCGGGAGAUAUUCAACGGCAGCUCCAUCGACACGCGAAUCUCUCCCUUGAUCGGCGAUCCGGUGGCCCUCGACUUUCUUUUGAGCUGCGUCUACCAGGUGGCGCUGAAUUGUGGCCCCUUGCCAUCGGAUAAACGUCUCCCAGGUUGCCCGAUUCCCCUGAAUAUUUUGAAGACGGUCAUUGAGAGUUUUCCCGCCCUGUCAUCGGAGACUAAAUGGGACGAGGUGCUCGACGACGACAUCGACGAGGGCCGCAACCGACGCAAACUCUUGUCCUGGCUCUCGGGGCGCUUCGAGGGCUUUCUCUCGUCGUCUCCGAGAGUGACCGGAGUGAAGGGGUGUGGCAACGCGAAACAGUUUCUGCUCUUGAACUCCUCCGUCUCACGGGAGGUCACGUUUUCGAAGCAGAAAGGGACGCCCAAGGUCGCUUUCCAUGGAACCAGGGCGUCACACGCGUUCGGCAUUAUUUCCGACGGCUUGAAGAAUUUGAGCGCGGACCAAAAUCCCGCGUACGCCUUCAGAGCUGCGGGCAUAUACGUCUCAAACCAGGCCAGGGUUUCCCUCCAUGAAUACACGAGCACCUUUACGGGCUGGGAAAACAGCCAGUUCCAGUCUGAUCGCAUCGUAUUUGGCUGCGAAUUGGUUGAAGAGGGAUACUCCAACAAGACGCCGCAGUACCAAUACAGCUUCGCCAAUCAAGCUCACAUCAUGAUACGAUACGUGUUUUUGGUCCCGGAAUCUGACCUGCCCAGCGUCCCUGUUUAUGGAGCAUCGUCGGACCCUCCCUUGAAUAGGAAGCGUCGGUUCCCCCUUGGCUGGGCGCAGGAACUCGAGAAAAAUCUUCGGGUCCUUCACGACGACGAUAUUCUCUGAUGGCUUGCGCGGCCCCGUCAACACAAGCGUCCUCACUCAUCCCCGGGUCAACGUGGCAAUUCUUUGUGUGGAUACUGUGACUUGGGAAAUUACGAGGAGGAGAGUUUCCAUUCCAUUCACCCCUCGAUUUCACCUUUGAAGCUGCGAUCGAGAUUAUGAGAUGUUGAUACACGCCAAGCCCCAGGAUUCUUCGACAGUGGAAUCAUGUACCAUAGUCACGGAGGGACGAGAUAGGAACCAGAAUGACGGAACAGAUAUCAAAAC